CCGUUCAAUGACAGUUGUAAUUCUCCUAUCUUUUCGUUCACCACCAAUACAACAUGUAUUAAUCUUUGAUAAUUUACACACAUUAUUGCACUGUGUUCGUUAUCGUUACUAUUGAAUACUUCAGAAAGCAACUCUUGUCAUCAUUUAAAUUUACUUUAUUUAAGUCAAGUUCCCAAAUGCCUUCUCAACACUCGAAGAUACACAUAGCAAUAUAAAGCAAAUACUAAACAUUAUAACAAUUCCGGUUGCAACUGUGGAACAGGAAAUGUUUGGCAAAUCCUCAACCAAUAUUUAAAAGAAAAGAAAAAUAUUGGACCAAUCUAUUCCAAUCGUUCAAAACUAACAACAUAACCGCUCGGCCAGUCUGCAAGACCAAUUUAGCUUUAUUUUCCGUUUAAUUAAAUUUGUUUUCUUGCCAGAAGUAAUUUAAUGAAAACAAUAACUUUAAAUAGCCUAAAACGCAAUCGCAAUGCCCAUCACAUAACGAAACUUAUUUGCCAACACGUUUACAUAAUUUCUAUUUAAUUGAUGCGAGACCUUUCAAACUGUCAUGUAAACUAAAAUCGGGUAUCAGAGUGUUUUAAUUCUCUGAAAUAUUGUACAAAUAAAUGUACUAUCGCCUCGGGUAUAUUUUCGUGUUCAGCUAUCUCCCAUUAUAAUGACUUCCUACUUUUAGAAAAUGCACUUUCGGUUUAACCUAAAGCAAGGUCUACUUUUUUGUUACAUGUAUCGUUUGAUAACAAUUAUAAAGGAUCUUUUUUACGAUUAAUCUUCAGUUCAGGAAAUGGAGACAAGGGCAGUGGAAUGUGGACUCUGCUUUGUUGAUAAGGUUGUAGGGAUUUGCGAAAACUGUGAGUGCAAACUGUGCGAUACCUGUUUUAGGAAUCAUACCAGAGCAAAAAUGUUCAGUACCCAUAUAAUAUUUCCCAUUGAAGAAUUAAAUUAACAAAAUAAAAUGUCAAAGUUUGAAACUGCAAUAUCAACUGAUACAGGAGUAAAGUCGCCAGUCGAUACUGAUACUCACAAGCAGAAAUGUAAAGACCAUUCUGAUGAAAACCAGUCGUUUUAUUGCGAGACACACGAUGUCUGUAUUUGUGGGCGUUGUGUACUUUCAAAUCAUACAUCUUGUUUGGAAUCGGUGGUUGAUUUGAACAAUAUCCAACACGACGCAGAGAACAUGCAUAUACGUGUGUCUACAUUGCAGUCUAAAUUGCAAGAGUUGGACGAAGAAAUAGAUCGCAUUAUGGUCAAAAUAGAUGAAAAUCGACGGGUGAAUGAUAAAUGUAAAUCAAGCUCUGCAAAAGAGAUACAUGAAUUUCACGAGGCGUUAGUCGAUCAACUUAAAAUAUUGAUGACAAAAGCAGAAAAAGAAUGUGAUGACUUACACAAACAAAAUACAGACCUAUUGGAUGAAACGGAACUUAAAUGUAAGGACCAUAAACAAGUUCUGCUUCAUCAAAUGGAACUUUUAGAUGAGCUGGAAAAUAAAAAGCAUUUUCAGCAUUUAUUUUUAGCAAUUAAGAGAAAUGGAAAGAAUAUCGAUUUAUUAAAAGAUAAAAAUACAAUUUGUAGACAUGAAAGCAAUAUUAAAGAAUAUGAGUUUGUUCGUAACCUAACCUUGGUGGACAAAUUCAGUGAAAAUCAGCAGAUGGGAACAUUUACGAUUGCUUGCGAUGGAAGCGAUGAAGUUAUUGAACAUGUUGACGAAGUGCGUGAAGUUGACACUGACAUCGACAAUCAACAUUCGACAUUCGAAUAUCGAGCUGAUGUAAAGGCAACUGGAAGAGAACAUCCGGCCAAUCGGCCUCAAUCUUCAGCACCGCCACCAUUUAGCGGUAGCAGUUGGCGUGAUCGAGCAAGCGUAAGAGGGGAGAGGGAUCUCGGAAGGGGUGGCGGCUGGAGAAGGGGUGGGGACGACCGUUGGCCUAGAGACGACCGCGGACCUAGGAACGAUCGUGGCCGUAAUGACGACCGCGGUCCCAGAGAUGAUCGUGGUCCAAGGGUUGACCGAGGUCCUCGGGAUGAUCGUGGCCCCAGGGACCAGCGUGGCUUUAGGAAUGAUUGGCGGGGACCCCCGACCCGGAACGACAGAAAAGGACCUCCACCAUCAAGGGAUGACAGGGAUUCGUGGCGCAGAGAUGGUCCUCCUAGAGAUAAACCAGCCUCCUUCUCUCAAGAUCAUAAGGAGGAGGAUGGCUGGACAACUGCCAAAAGUUAAAUGUUGAAAAACCAAAAAUCAAGGAACAGUACAGUUUUAUUGAAGAAUGGAAAUUUUCAAAAUUGUAAAUAAUUAUAGCUAGUAAUGUAAAUUAUUUUUUGUUCUGUUGUGUAUACUGGGUUCAUAUGUUUCAUAAACAACAACAAAAUAUGUAUCAUGCUCUUACUGUUUAAUUUCUUGAUGAAGUUGACACAGUUUUGCAAUAGACAAAAUUGUGGUAUAAAUGAUGUACAUUUUCAUUGCUUGUAAACUAAAGUAAUAGUUCUCAUAAUUUAAAAUAAAACAAAAAAAACAAUAUAUUACAUGUCAGGUUUUGAAAACAUAAUUUCCGAAAUAAUACCAUAUUUAAUUUCAUGAGAUUAAUAUAUUAAUGACAAAGCCUCUUUCCCAUUAUCAGCUCGUACAUGUAUUGAGUGUGUGUGUGUGCUUUUCAAACCUACUGUCACGCAAGAUUAAUUGUAAUUAUGAUUGACUGACAUUUGAUAAGUUGAAGCACUGAAAAUAUGUAUUUGAUUUGUAGUCAAAAUCGUGUAUUGCUAAUGUUAACUAUCUUAUUUUCUUUUGCAUGAUACCUAAUUAACUAAAAUACAGCUGACUUUUCAUCUACUCAGUAUGUUAAUCACGUGUUUAUAGUGCUACAGAGACCAAGGACGAAUAAAUUUAUGUGGAAAAC